UCUCUCUCUCUCUCUUUCUCUCUCAAUCAUUCUCUGCUCCUUUUGAGUUCUUCUCGUCCAAUCAUCAUCAACUUUUCUAUUCCCUCAACUUUCUCUCUCUAAAAACCAGAAGCGAAAGAGUAAGACGAGGAGAGAGAAGGAGAAGGACUGCCACUUUCUCUCUCUACUUGCGACGACUCUCCCCAAAAAAAAAAAAAAAAAAACUCACUCUUUCUCUCUCUUCCCUGUAAUUUCGGUUCCGUACGUCUCUCUCUCUGUGUAAAUGGUGGAAUAAGAGACAAUCUGACAAUCUAUCUCCUUUCUCUCUCUCUCUCUCUCUCUCUCUGUAGAAAUAUCUAUCUAUUUCACUAUCUAGGGUUUGUCUGCUUUUUUCAGGUAAUUUUUUCUUCUUCUUCUGGCGAUUGUGGAGUUUGAUCGGACUGUUUUUAUUGUGAAGAUUUAACUCUUAUGUUCCUUGACUAUCGUCUUCAAAUCAGCAAACUGACAUAAAUGAUGCCGUUUACACAUCAUUCCUCUUCAGGCCCAACAGAGAUUCCAGCAGGAAACACUCCUAAUGAAAUGGGCCGUGGAGUUUGGGGAAACAUAUCUGGAUCUAAUGCUUAUCGUGCCUCAAGUGAUGCUACCUUGUUUUCAAGCUCAUUACCUGUUCUUCCACAUGCUAAGUUGAAUAUGAAUGAUAUAGGAGGUAGCUAUGUAUCUGUUGAUGAUAUCUCGUCAGGCACUGAGAAACUCGACCAAAAUAUCGAUGGUGAUGCUUUACUAGAAGAUGGUAAAACUCAUGCCAUUGGAAAUUUGCUUCCUGAUGAUGAAGAGGAGCUCUUAGCUGGCAUUGCAGAUGAUUUGGACCUAAGCGAGUUGCCUGCCUCCUUGGAGGACUUGGAAGAGUAUGAUAUUUUUGGAAGUGGAGGGGGCAUGGAAUUGGAAACUGAUCCACAGGAGAGCCUGAGAAUGAGUUUGUCAAAGGUGAAUUUAUCUGAUGGUUCUGUUGUCAACGGGCUGCCUCAUUAUGCUGUUCCAAAUGGUGUGGGAACCGUUGCUGGAGAACAUCCAUAUGGAGAGCAUCCAUCCAGAACAUUAUUCGUUCGAAAUAUCAAUAGUAAUGUUGAGGAUUCAGAACUUAAAGCUCUCUUUGAGCAAUUUGGAGGUAUUAGAACUCUGUACACAGCCUGUAAACACAGGGGGUUUGUGAUGAUAUCUUAUUAUGAUAUUCGUGAUGCGCGAACGGCAAUGCGUGCGUUGCAAAACAAACCACUGCGGCGGAGGAAGCUUGACAUUCAUUUCUCAAUUCCAAAGGACAAUCCCUCAGACAAGGAUAUUAACCAAGGAACACUGGUAGUUUUUAAUUUGGAUCCAUCUGUUUCAAAUGAAGAUCUCCGCCUAAUAUUUGGGGUUUAUGGGGAGGUUAAAGAGAUAAGAGAAACACCACAUAAGAGACAUCAUAAAUUCAUUGAAUUCUAUGAUGUUAGAGCUGCAGAAGCUGCACUCAAGUCAUUAAAUAGGAGUGACAUAGCUGGUAAAAAGAUUAAGCUUGAACCCAGUCGGCCCGGUGGAGCUCGUCGAAACUUGAUGUUGCAACUGAAUCAAGAGCUUGAGCAAGAUGAAACUCGAACCUUCCGACAUCCAGUGGGUUCUCCAAUAACCAACUCUCCACCAGCAAUCUUGACAGGUAACUGGAUGCAGCAGUUUAGCAGCCCUAUUGAACAGAGUCCCAUGCAGAGUAUUAGUAACUCUCCUGGUUUUAAGAGCUUGAGCCCAACAACCAGCAAUAAUCUGUCUGGAUUAGCAUCAAUCCUGCAUCCCCAAGUAUCAAAUACUGUGAAGAUUUCACCAAUUGGCAAGGACCAUGCAAUGGGUAGUCAUGUGGAUCAUAUAUUUAACAAUGCAAACUCAGUUCACGGCUCAUCAUUUCCACAAUCAAAUUCAUUUCCAGAGCUGAAGUUGGGUGACUUUCAUGGUAGCGCACCUUCAUUUGGCCCUUCAACAUCAAAUGGAUCUCGGGUAGAAACUUUAUCAGGGCCACAGUUCCUUUGGGGAAAUCCAAGUCCGUACACAGAGCAUGCCAGUUCAGCUUGGCCAAGAACAACUGCGGGGCAUCAAUAUACAUCUACUAACAAGGGCCUUCACUUUCCACUCUCAGCUCGCCAAGGUUCUUUUCUUGGCUCAUCCCACCAUCAUCAUGUUGGAUCUGCCCCCUCUGGUGUUCCUCUAGAGAGGCAUUUCGGUUAUUGCCCCGAGUCACCAGAAACUUCUUUUCUGGGUGCUUUUCCGUAUGGAGGCAUGGGCUUAGGAGGCCCCAAUGACAGGAAGGUAUUGGCAAAUAUGGGUCCUCGUGCUGCUAUCAAUGCUGGAAUGACAUUACCAGGAAACAUGUCUGAAAAUAGUUCUUCAAACUUUAAGAUGAUGUCCUCGCCAAGGCUUAGCCCCAUGUUUUUAAGUAAUGGUCUAUACCCUGGGCAACCAUCAGCAACAAUUGAUGGUUUUGCUGAGCGUGGCCGGAGCAGACGAGUUGAGAACAAUGGAAACCUUGUUGAUAGUAAGAAACAAUUUCAGCUUGAUUUGGAAAAAAUUAUUGGUGGGGAAGACACCCGAACAACUUUAAUGAUAAAAAAUAUCCCUAAUAAAUACACUUCCAAAAUGUUACUUGCCGCCAUAGAUGAAAAUCACAGGGGUACAUAUGAUUUCCUUUAUCUGCCAAUUGAUUUUAAGAAUAAAUGCAAUGUGGGUUAUGCAUUUAUUAAUAUGCUGUCUCCUUCGCAAAUCAUUCCUUUCUAUGAGGCAUUUAAUGGUAAGAAGUGGGAGAAAUUUAACAGUGAAAAAGUUGCUUCUUUGGCAUAUGCUCGGAUCCAAGGGAAGGCAGCCCUUGUGACUCACUUUCAGAACUCAAGCUUGAUGAAUGAAGAUAAACGUUGCCGCCCAAUUCUCUUUUAUUCAGAGGGUGGUGAUGAGGUUAUUCAGGAGCAUCUUCUCUCAAACAGUUUGAACAUCCAAGUCUGUCAACCAAAUGAGUUGCACUUGGGUGAUUCAUCGGAUAGCCCACCAGAGCAUGUCUUUCAUGACAUGCCAGAAAAGAGUCAACAGUACAUGGCACAAAUUGCCGCUGACCAAUUCUGAUUGCGGCCGAGGGUUCUAACCAUUGCACAUAAACUCAAGUGUAUAAAGUUAGGGACAAGAAAAGAACAAAAAAAAAAUAGUUGGCCAGUGCCCACUUUUUGUAUUAUAUAGCCUCUUUUUCUCUUUCUUUUUCUUGUUAUCAUCUGCAGAAAGAGCUUCCACAUUUUUGAUGUGCGGCUCGGUGGACUCGGGAACAUGGUGCUCUGGCACAGGGGAGGAGGAUGAUGGAUUAAAGAAAGAAGCCUGUGAUCAAAAAUUGAGUUCUCCUGACUGUCAGAGGCUUUGGACAUGCAAAUCUUCCUUUCUUCAUUUUGGUCCCAUUUUUGUUUUUAUGGACUUAGUCUAAUUUGCAAAUUCAGUGUUCAUAUGGGUAUGUGGAUAAAUGUGUUUUUGAGAGGUUUGGUGAUUUAACAUGGGGUAAAAAUUGUAUAUGGGGGAGAGAAAUAUGCUUCCUUUUUGUCAUUUUUUUAAUGUAUUUAGAUCUUCAAAUCCAUUCGUACAUAUAUUUAAGGAACACAAUUGCCAGA